GGUCGGCAGUCACACGCCGGUUUUUUUUCUUUUUUUAAGAAACAAAAAACGUGUUCUCUGAAAAAUGUAGUUCAUCCAGUCUGAUUGUCAUACGAUUCCAUGACUUGUCCACACAGGGCAUCUGAACACACACAAUACAUUUUGUAUAAAACUUAGAGAUCAAGAUCUAAAAACCAUAAAGUGAUAAUAUAUGUAUUAUUAUGGAUUUAUUAUCAGUUAUAAUGGGGCAGGCACUUUUGGACCGGGAAUACAAAAUGAAGUUGAAAGCAACACGACAGGAGGACUAGUCUUAAGAAUCACACGACACGGCGCAUGCCCAGUCAGCUGACAACAUUUGACCAGUCUUACACGAGGACCCGCACACUACACUUUGCAUCGGUUGGGUACAAAUUCAACAUCUGUGCGACGUCGCCAUCAUACUUUUGCGUAACUACGACUAUAGCAUCAUGCCUGAACCCGCCAAGUCAGCGCCCAAAAAGGGCUCCAAGAAAGCCGUGACCAAGGCCGCCGGCAAAGGAGGGAAGAAGCGCAGAAAGACCAGGAAGGAGAGCUACGCAAUCUACGUGUACAAGGUCCUGAAGCAGGUUCACCCCGAUACCGGCAUCUCCUCCAAGGCCAUGGGCAUCAUGAACUCCUUCGUUAACGACAUCUUUGAGCGCAUCGCUGGUGAGGCUUCUCGUCUGGCGCAUUACAACAAGCGCUCCACCAUCACCUCGAGGGAGAUCCAGACCGCCGUCCGCCUGCUGCUCCCCGGGGAGCUGGCCAAGCACGCCGUGUCCGAGGGCACCAAGGCCGUCACCAAGUACACCAGCUCCAAGUAAACUGCCAACUGACUCCAAACAAACGGCUCUUUUAAGAGCCACACACAACCUCAUAGCUACUCUGUUAUCAGCGUUACUGUAACAUGACGGUUCAGCACUGGAGCAGCUUAGUUCUCACGUGCAAAUAAAUUGGCUGAAUUU